ACUGAAGGUGAGGUGGGGCAGUCAGACGGUUCACUUCUGCGUGUAAAGCAGGCAGAUUUUCAAGGUGUGGGACAGGUCCAGCCUUUCUCGAUUUGGAAGAAGCUGAACUGCUGUCAUGGCAGCGCUUUCAGAGUGUUUGGGUCUCACCUGGCUCAGUGCAGAGGAACUCCAAACACACCCUGCUUCCAGGACAUACGACUUGCAGCAAAAAUGUUCAACGUUAACUUAUGUUUUCUAGCCAAUCAAGCAGGAUUUCCUCUUUAGGUUUUCAGAGCCAAGUGGAUCCAGAAAUCAGUAAAAGGAAGGGCUGACAGCUUACGGGAGCAGCUCAAUAAAUUGAACAAAAGCCCACAACGUCAUGAUUAGUCAUGUAAAUAAAUAAGCUCUUUGCAAGGAGCACAAAGCCAGCUUCCCCCAUCCAGAGAUCUGAAUGGCAGACUCGGGAGCAAAGCGCGCCCUUGUGGAAGGAGGAAGCUUUGGCUGGUUUUGCAACGUCUGUUUUGGACAGUUACAGCAGGUCUCCAAUUGGGCUGGUGCAGAGCAGCCACCCCUUGCUGUCAGUGACGUUAUAUGAAGACUUGUUGAGCCUCCGCACUUCCUGAGAUGGGUUUUUCUGAUCACAUGUGCUCUGUGCCUUCCUGGGCUGCUUGCAGGUUUCACUGGAAACAGUGAGUCUCCUUGGCACUGCUCCAUUCGCUGCCAUACGCAGUUCUGGGAAAAAAACUCUUGGGCCUCUUUCUUGUAAGCAAGAACUUGAAGAGCCAAUGUGUUCUUUCUUCCUCCGCAGCCAGCUGCAGUGAUGCCAGUCUGAUUGGGAACGAUAGAGAAGAGCGAGAGAAGGAGGAGCACAAGGAUGAGGUGUGAAGUGCCACUGCCCCUCCUGGGCCUCCUGCUGUGUGUGGUUGGUGCAGCAGCUCAGGGGGGCCAAGAAGAAUUUGCAGUGGAGAUUUCUGGGACCACAGUGACAAUCACAUGUCCCUCCUCUGGAGACGACAUAAAAUGGAAGCCAGAUCCGGCACUGGUAGUCAACAAUAAGUACAUUAUACAGAAUCAUGACAGCUCUCCUCUCACUGUGAGUUGUACAGCAGGUGGUAAGGAACAUGCAAUGUACCUGAAUGCCAAAGUGUGUGCAAACUGUGAGGAGCUGGAUACCUUUACUGUGGUAGGGAUCAUCGCUGCGGAUCUUCUCAUCACCUUGGGGGUACUGAUUUUGGUCUAUUACUUCAGCAAAAACAAGAAGGGGCAAUCGAGAGCUGCUGCUGGCAGUCGGCCACGAGCCCAGAAGAUGCAGCGUCCUCCCCCUGUUCCAAACCCAGACUACGAGCCCAUCAGGAAAGGCCAGCGAGAUGUGUACGCAGGCCUGGAACACAGGGGCUUCUGAAAUUCCCCCACAUACCAGACCGGAUGGAAAACAGAGGCAGAAGAGCUGAAUGCUUCUGGCUAGCUUGCUGCUGGCUCUCUGCAGACCCACUGAGACCCAGUGCUUGGGGUCGGCCAAGCAGCUAGACAGGACAGGCGUCCUGCUGCCCUAUGCUGUCCCACCCCACGGUGUUCCUUCAGUCUAACAUUAGGGCUAAGAAAUCUCUGAGCCCAUUGGCAGAGAAGUUUUCCUUCUCACUAAAGGCCUGGAGCCUCACUCAUGGUUGCUAACCUCCUUUCCCCUCACUCCUCUCUCUGCUUCAGUUGCAUGCUCUGACUUUCCCUCCGAUUUCAUUUUCUGUCCCAGCUGCCUGCACUUGCUGCUCUUGCCUCCCUGGGUAGCUGGUGCAUGAAAUGAGGGUCCUGCUCAGAGGGAUUGGCCUCUGAUGUUGUCCUGCUCUAAAAGAAGAGACAAAUCUCUACCAGUACGUGCAGAUAGGGCCAUCCACCCCAUAGCCCUUCUUCUGUGGGAAAUGAGCAGGCCUGAGUGCCCUUUGCAUCCAGGUACCUUUAUGUCUCACAUCUUCAUCAAAACAUCCUUUAAGGGUCGGAUGAGAAUGUGGCACUUUCCCAAGUCACCUGAAAGCCUAGUAGGAAAUUUAAGCAUUCGGCUGAGUGUGAGGUUUUUGUUACUAUUAAAUUAUGGGGCUCUUAGACAUUUCAGAUUAGAUUGGACCCCUACUAAGCAACGAGUAUCACCUUUGUGAUCUGACUGAGACAGCACACCAGGGAUUUUUGUGUUUCCCAGGCUGGAACUGAGACCCUUUGGUUCCACCCAAGCACCAGCACUCCGUUCUGCAACAGCUGGAAUUGAAAAGAAUGUGUUGGGGCCAUAGAGAAUAGUGGCCUCAACACAAAUUGAGGACAGCAUCUAACUCUUUUGUGAAGCUGUCCUUCCAUUUUUGUUCUAUGUUGUCGUGUAACAUAAAAACCUCUAUUUGAGUGGGCUGCCCAAGUGCAUUUGCUGGUGCCGUUUCACUUAUCAGAGCUACUGCUGCGUAGAGCUUCUUGUGAUCUAUCCUUUAUUGCUUCCCUUUCCGUUUCAGCUCCGGCACUUGAGCUGUGCUUGGGUUCUAUUAGAAAGAUGUCAGGCUACUUUGCCAUUUGUAAACGUCUGUUUCAGCUUUUUUUUAAUAUACAUUUCAAAAUCGUAAUAUAUUAAUAAACUGAGAGCCAACAUCCCCAGAUAUGCA